UCUUGCGCAUGCGUCGAUCACGUUGGUCACGUGAUAUCCGUUCAGGGUCUCUUCCUUCAUCAACCGGGCAAGCUCAUGUGCUCGCGUUGCAUUUUGUAGCGCUAAAAGUAGUGAAAAAAACGCAUAAUGGCGUUGUCAAUAGCAAGACCGUUGGUCACUGUUUACAGUGAAAAAAAUGAGCCUACGGAGGAUACUAUUUCUCUUCCGUCUAUCUUCAAGGCUCCUAUUCGUCCGGAUAUCGUGAAUUUCAUUCAUCAGCAAAUCUCUAAAAAUAAGAGACAACCUUACUGCGUAUUCAAAGAAGCUGGUCACCAGACUUCUGCUGAAUCAUGGGGAACUGGACGUGCCGUAGCUCGUAUUCCUCGUGUUCGUGGUGGUGGUACUCACCGAUCGGGACAGGGAGCUUUUGGUAACAUGUGUCGUGGUGGACGCAUGUUCGCGCCAACUAAACCCUGGCGCCGUUGGCAUAGACGUGUUAACAUUAACCAGAAACGUUAUGCUCUUGUUUCGGCUGUUGCUGCUUCUGGUGUUCCUGCUUUAGUUCAAUCAAAAGGACAUAUGAUUCAAGAAGUACCGGAGUUUCCUUUGGUAGUUUCUGAUAAAAUCCAGGAAUACAAUAAGACUAAGCAAGCUGUUAUCUUUCUUAGACGCAUCAAGGCAUGGAAUGACAUCCAAAAGGUAUAUAAAUCUCAACGCUUCCGUGCAGGAAAAGGUAAAAUGCGAAAUCGUCGACGCAUCCAACGCCGAGGACCUUUGAUCAUUUAUGGACAAGAUAAAGGCAUACGGAAAGCAUUCCGUAACAUUCCAGGAGUUGAUGUCAUGAACAUCAACAAGAUGAAUUUAUUAAAACUCGCUCCUGGUGGUCAUGUAGGUAGAUUCAUUAUUUGGACUAAAUCUGCCUUUGAUAAGCUUGAUGCUCUUUAUGGAACAUGGCGUAAGGAGUCUAAACUUAAGAAAGGGUACAACUUGCCAUUCCCUAAAAUGGCUAAUACCGAUUUAACAAAACUUCUGAAGUCUGAUGAAAUUCAAAAAGUUCUCAGAGCUCCUAGAAAGAAGGUUGUUAGACGUGUGAAGAAAUUGAAUCCAUUGAACAACACUCGGGCUAUGAUGAAGCUUAACCCCUAUGCUGCAGUAUUGAAACGUGCAGCUAUCUUAACAGCUGAGAAAAGAGCUCGCGAGCGAGAACUGGCUCUUGCUAAGAAGAGGGGUAUUGAAUUGCCGGCGUCAUCUCCAGCAGUAAAAACCAGUAAAUUGUUGGAGCGAAGAAAGAAACAGCUUAUUAGCUUGAAAGCAGCAAAACCUAAAAAAGCUAAGGUUACCAAAAAACCAGCUGCUAAACCAGCCCCUGCUAAAGGAAAAGCCGCCGCAAAGUAAAUGAAAUUAAAAAUUAAAUCGCAAAAUGUGUAAAAAUCGGAAAAAUAAAAAAAAAUUUUUAUUU